ACCAAUUCUGCAUCAUCUCAGUACAGCAUAAUGGCUCAAUCGGUUCGUCUAGUUUUGCUUAUAGCAUGUUUGCAAGGAUUCAUUUAUGCCGUUCAUAGUAAGUGUGACGGCAAAUGCGUUCCUCUUGCUGAGUGUCAUACUAGCGAUUUUGGUGGUGAAAACUUUUUUGAUCUUCGAGCUGGAAUAGAUGACGAAGUAGAGGUCGAUUGCGAUCACUAUCUAGAAGUCUGUUGUGAUGAAGGUGAUAUUGUCACUACACGGAGGCCGUCAGAUCCAGAAUCUUCAUCGCCAAAACCACGAGAUGGUGGUUCACCGGGAGGAUCUUCAUCAUUUGAAAAUUGCGGUAUUCGUAAUAAAGAUGGGGCUGGAUUUAGAAUUACGAAUGCUCAAAAUGAGGCCGAGUUUGGUGAGUUCCCAUGGAUGGUUUCCAUUUUGACCAUAAACGCAUUUGACGAACACGAUAGUAAAUACCUGUGUGGAGGAUCGCUCAUCAGAAGUGAUGUAGUGCUAACUGCUGCCCACUGCGUUGUUAAUCGAACUACAGAAAAACUAACUGUGAGAGCUGGAGAGUGGGACACGAAAACUACCAAUGAAGUCCGCCCGUACCAGGAUCUUCUUGUAACAGAUAUUGUUGUUCAUGAGAAUUAUAACAAAGCCUUUCAAUUCAAUAAUAUUGCUCUACUAUAUCUGGAGCGGGAAUUCGAUGCAGAUGAACAUGUUCAGUUAAUCUGCUUGCCACCGCAAGGAAAGCAGUUUGAUGGACAAAAUUGCGUGGCCACCGGCUGGGGAAAGGACAAUUUUUUUUCCGAAAAUUACCAGGUGAUUUUGAAGAAGGUUGAUCUACCGAUUGUGAGUAGUGAGCAAUGUCAGUCCGAUUUGAGAAAAACUCGCUUGGGCCCGAGAUUUGCUCUGCAUAAUAGCUUUACGUGCGCCGGGGGAGAAGAAGGCAAGGACACUUGUACCGGCGAUGGCGGCUCUCCCUUAGUCUGUGAGGAUGUCGAUCAGCCAAAUAAGUAUUACCAGGCAGGAAUUGUUGCUUGGGGCAUUGGAUGUGGACAGGCAGGAGUUCCAGGAGUAUACACCAAAAGUAGUCUCUACACCAAUUGGAUAGAGGAAAAACUUAAUAACCGAAACAGUGAUUAUCAGGGACCUUUCUAAAUCCAGUCACCGGACGUAAAUUGAAAAAAUACAAAUCAUACCGUUUAUUGGAUUUCAAUAUUAUUCACGAAUAAAAAAUAUUAAAGCGAACCAGA